AUGAGUCCUGGGCACCUGCUCCACACUCAGAGCAGAACAGUCUGGAUCUGGGCAGGUGUCCCGGCCCCUGAUGAGGUGACGCCCAGGGGCCCGCAUGCACACAGCACUUACCUGGGCUGCACAGGGGGUGAGGGGGGUGGCAGCCUGGCACCCAACAAACACCCAGCUGUGUCUCAGGGUCACCCGCAGGACAGGCCAGAGUCCUUGUCAAAGCGCUCAGUGAGGAGGGGGCUGCAGCCGACCCACGGGGAGGGGGCUGCUGACAGUGACCGUCUGCACUGUCUCAGCUCCAGAUGUUCUCCUCACACUCUGUAA